AUGGCGAGCGCCAGAGCAGCAGCGUCCGUUGGGGCGGAUUCCGCUGGCGAGACGCCGUCGAUUGCUCAGGGCGUCAAGAACUUUCUCUACGUUCUGGUCCAUCGGAUUGAGAAUGGCCAGAUUACAAUUCCACCACAACCACCCGUUGGUGCUGAUGCGACAAGCAGUGGAUCUAGUGCUACUACUACUGCUACUACUGCUACUACUGCUGCUGCGACUGGUGCCUCAGCCAUGGCAAGAGGUCCGAUCGCAGACGCAUCGGUCGACAGCAAACAAGAGCUUGUUCGCCGAUUUGUGGCCGCGCAGCAGCUCUUUCUGCAGUUGGUCAACUCACUGAAUCCCGAACAUCCAACUGCAAAGCAAGACGCAUUGAUAGAGAUGAAUGCUGGACGAGCGGGAACCCCCGCCGAGUUUCACAGAUACUGCGAGCGAGUGCGCGUGUUCCGCGCUGCUCAGAAAGCUUCAGCAGCUCAACGUGAAAUGCAACCGGCGACAGACCCUGGGCCUCCACCCGAGCUGAUCUCGAAGCCGUGUGACGUGUUUGGCAUUGCUUAUUUGCGGUUUAUUUUUCCAACAAUCGCCAAACAAGUGCAAAGCACGCUCGUUCACAAACCUGCCCUCAUUCGCUAUUUCCCGAUUUUUAUUGCCCAGCUUCAAGCCGAACUGACCAACAAGCAGUCUAUUUGUUGGCAUGCUAGAUUCCCCGAACAUCUCCAAGCGUUGAAACUGCAGCAAUCGAGUCAGCCCCGCUCUCUUCAAGCCACAGAGUCAAAGGCAUUGGGGGUGAAAGGCUUUUCGACUCCGUCACUUCUUCAGCCCAUGGUGCCAGCAGCUCAUCCACAAGCAAGCCAUGCAGAUUCGACCGAUCCAACUGCGCCAAUAGGCACAAAGCACCGUAAACGCGCAGCCGAAACACCGGUUGACGGUUCUCCAAAACGAGAGCGACUGGCCUCGCGAGACUUCGAACCGACACUUUUGCCUCCAGCCACCCCGCAAUUUACGACAGAUGCCAGUCAAAUGCUGGGCCCUGUGGCUGUUGCCUCAACAUCGAGUGGCGGAGCUGCCAGUGCACCGGCGUUUUCCCGCGACCAACGAGCGCGUCAAGAAGAAAAUGACGGCAUCAUCUCGUUUCACCUCGUCUCAAACUCUAGCGCGCUCUCAAGUCAGCAUGCGUUGUGGCUGACUGGCGUGAAGAACGUGUUUGCACGGCAGCUAAAGGAAAUGCCCAAAGAGUACAUCACCCGGUUGGUCUUUGAUCGGAAGCAUUGCAAUCUGCUCCUCAUCAAGGCGAACAAGGUGGCAGGCGGGAUAUGCUACCGCCCGUUUGAGCUUCAAGGCUUUGCCGAAGUCGUUUUCUGCGCAGUAGCCUCGAACGAGCAGGUGAAGGGCUAUGGAAUGCACAUGAUGAACCACCUGAAGGACUUGCUGCUACGGCAGCGGAAGGAAUUACAAAAUCAAGUCGCUCGAGUUCUUCAGCGCGACCCUUCAGGCUCGUCUGAGCAACCGUCUACCACCAAUCAACGCAAACCGUCUAGGACAAAGCUGCUGCUGAAUGCGUUUUCUGGGACUGCCACACGUAUUCGGACACCUUCUUCCAGCUCAUCGCGAUCGUUCAACAGCAGCACAACUGCCACAACUCAAGCUGAACCGCAAGCCUUGCCAUCAACCGCCGGCACGACUCCCAUGGCCGUCGCUCCCAACCACAACAUUGGCAUUCGUUUUUUGCUGACGUAUGCAGACACGUUCGCAGUGGGGUACUUUGAGAAGCAGGGGUUUUCUCGCUCCAUCACCAUCGACCGUUCAAAGUAUGUCGGUUACAUCAAAGACUACCAAGGGGCGCACCUGAUGGAAUGCAGGCUUUACCCUGCUGUGUCCUACCUCGACUGCAGUGGGAUGGUUGAACGUCAACGCCAACGCCUACUUUCGAUUGUGCAAGCAGCCACAUGCUCGGAAGUGGUUCAUCCAGGGCUGAAAUUUGUUGCUUCGGGCGCGUUUGCCCCAGUUACCGAGUCAGAGAUCACCUUGUCACCCGGAAAGGCCAAACGCGAGCGCCGCUACCAUCCAGGCGUCGGCCAUGUGGCAAUGCUGACAGAAACGCGCCAGGUCGGGUCUGCUACAGCUGCUGCGGCUUCUCCUCUUGCCGUUCCUGCUAUUGUGCGCGCAGGCUUUCGACCAUCAGAUGCGCUUGCAGCUUCCGCAGCAGCGUCCCAUGUCAAAAAUCUUCUUCACAAUCUGCAGCUGGCUUUGCGGGAUAUCAAAACGCACCACACUGCCGAGCCCUUUCUCAAUCCGGUGGACCCUCGCGAAGCACCCAACUACUUUAGCAUUAUCAGCAAACCGAUGGAUCUCAGCACCAUGGAGAAAAGACUUUCCGAGCGUUUCUCCCACUACAAGACCAAGCAAUCAUUCGUGGACGACAUCAAGUUGAUAGCAAGUAACUGUCGCAAGUACAAUCAGGCCGAUUCAGCGAUUGUUAAGUACGCAAACGAUCUGGAAAAAUUCGCAAUAGCGCGCGUUUCCGAGUUUUAAAUCAAGAUGGCAUUGUCGGUAACAAGGCCAAUAAAGCACAAUCAAACAAA